AUGUCGGUGAGCCUCGUGAGGGCGUCGUUGCCAGCGUGGUGCACGGCGGCGGCCGCGGGGAGCAGCGGCCUGCGCUCUCGCCUGCGCGGGACGGCGUGCUCUGUUCGCCGCGUGGGCGUCAGGUGCAGCUCCACCACGCCGCCGGGGUUCCCUCCGGGGCCGACGCCGCCGGGGUUCCCCGCGGUGCCGUCGCCUGAGGAGGCGCCGGGCACGGCCCGCCCGCCCGAGGAGAUGCCGGGCACGGCGCGGCCGCCGCAGGAGAUGCCGGGCAUCGACACGCCGCCGGAGUUCAACGCGCCACCGGGCGUGGACGUGCCGAUGCCUGGCGCGCCGGUGCCGGGCACGCCUCCCAGCCCGGAGCAGCCGGGGCCGUUCGUGCCGUCGCCGCCGAAGCCGGAGAUCCCGGCCGUGCCGCCGAACCCCGACGUGAUCCCGACGCCCCCGCCGGAGUUGGACCCGCCCCGCGCCCCGCCCGAGGUCGUCCCGCCGCAGCCGUCCGACGUCCCGCCUCCCUUCGUGUGAGGAAAGGAAACGCAAGCUGCAGUGCGGCCGACCAUGACGGACACCGAGAUCCCGCUGUAAGAUAGCGUAGUACUCCAUGUAGCUUCCAGCUGCUUCAUCAUUCAAAUAAAGAGGAUCGGCCGCGGCGCCCUCCUGUUCCGGUGUAAAUUUAGUCACGGAUGAUAAAGCAUGAAUUUUGUCACAGUUUUCUGAA